AUGGACUCCCAGAUCAAGCAACCAUCACCAGUGAUACAAAACCAACCAAAAGAAACCGAUGACUUGGCCUUCUUUAGAUCAUUACAAACGAGUUUAGAUACACUCACUCCCAAUGAAAAAUUGAACUUCCGAAUAGAUGUGAUGCAAUUAUUAACUCGCUACACAAACAGAAAACCAAACCAAGAUACACCUAAUUUUCCAAAUUUUACUCCCGCUUAUCAACAGGCACAGCAAUAUCCAGUUAUGGCCAAUUUUUCUUAUAUAAGUUUCAAUACGCCAAUGCCUGCACAAACAUCAUAUUCUACAGUAUCACCUGGGCCGUCAUGUACGCCAUAUUCUGCAGUACCACCUGGGUCCUCACACACAUCAUGUCUCACAGUAUCACCGGAGCUCACAUUUUCUCCAUUCAAUAGUAGUCGCAGUACUCUCAGUUACAGUAAUGCUAUAGAGAAUGUUGCCAUACCAAAAAAUUCUCAGAUAGAAUCAGAGGCGUCCAUUAUGUCCGAAGCCGAAUCGAUAUUAUCAUUGAUUUAA